UUCGAGUGCUCCCACGUUCUUGGACAGUGUACAUUCGUCCUUUGAGCAAAACAGUGACUCGUGCACAAAGAAUCGUGUCGCCGAAGCAUUUUUUUCAACGAACAUGCGACCUGUCGAACACGCUUUUUUGUUUACUCCUUUUUUUAUCGCAGCUUCCACCUGCUUUUGAGUGCAAUCGCGAGUGUCGAACUAACGAGAAGGAUAUGUCAUAAUCGGAGAUGCCGGCGCUCCGAUAACGCGAAAAUUGCCAGUCCGCGCACUCGCUCGAGGAACAGGAAACGAAAAGCGAGUCGAGGCCAAGAACAACGAGAAACAGGAAGGACGACAGUUUUGCCAACGUCGAAACGCCAACGCGCUGUUACAAAUGCGUUAUGGGUAAACCACCGGAAGGUGGAGCUUCGCUACUGACGACAACGUCAUGCCUCUUUGCACUGUGCUUCGCUCUCGGGAGCUUCGCCAGCGCACAAAUCGUCCAGGAACACGGAUGCCCCGCGCAAGAAAAUAUUCUCCCGUGUCGGUGCUCCACCAGGGGCAUGGAGUUUCAAAUAUGGUGCAGCCACAGCGAGCUGCCGAGCGUACUGGAAGGGUUGAAGGCCGUGAGUCACUACGUGACGCGUCCGGUCGACGAGUUGAUACUGGAGAACAACAAUUUGCCGAGUUUGCCAGGGAAGGUUUUCACGAGUUUGCGGGUUUUGCGGCUGAUGUUGCGUAACAACCGGUUGGAGCGUGUUUCGUCGAGCUGGUUGGAGGGUCUGCACGAUUCGCUGCUGGAGUUGUUCAUAGUCGAGCCGGAUUUGCGAUCGCUGCCGAUCGACAGCCUGGAGAAUUUGGGGGGUUUGGAGGCGAUCACGUUGCAGAGCAGGUCGAUGAAGCGGUUGCCGCGGUUCUCGGGGCUGACGAAGCUGCGCUACCUCCAGGUGAACUCGCCCUCCCUGGUGGAGCUGUCGCCCCUGAAUUUCCGGAGUUUGCCGAGCCUUGAGCAGCUCCACGUGUUCGGGAGUCCGAGACUGGCGCGGCUGGAGGCCGGACUGCUGAGGAACUUGCCGCGCCUGGCGCUGCUGAACGUCAGCGAGACCGCGCUCGCCUGGAUCCACCCGCGGGCGCUGAUCGACCUUCCGGAGCUCCGGGAAAUCGGUUUUACCGGGAACGAGAUCGCGGACGCCUCGGUCGUCGGGCGCGCGAUCGUCGACCUGCCGAACCUCUCGAGCCUGAACCUCAACGGGAACCGGAUUUCCCGGUUGACCGAGUCCAGCUUCGUGGACAAUCCGGCGCUCAACCGGCUCACGAUCGCGCACAACUUCAUCACCGAAAUCUCCGCGGGGGCCUUCCAACGGCUCGCGAACCUCCGGGUCCUCGACCUCAGCCACAACCGGCUCCGGCACGUCAGCCCCGAGUUCUUCCUCCAAAGAGUUUCUGGCCCGUCGGCCGCCUCUCUCGAAGAGAUCUGGCUGAUCGGCAACGAGAUCAGGCGCUUCACCGAGCUCAGGGCCAUCCUCGAGGCCCUGCCGGGCCUCAAGUUCCUGGACCUCAGCCACAACCUCCUCGAGGAAAUUCCCUACGGGGCUCUCCGAGGGCACUCGAGCCUCGAACGCCUCCAUCUCGAUCACAACCGCCUGAGCUUCCUGCAACGCGACUCUUUCGCCGGGAUGCCGGCCCUCCGGGAGCUUCGACUGCGCAACAACUCGCUCAACAACCUCCUCGAAACGCCAUUCUGGAACUUACCGGGGCUGAAGGGUUUGGAUCUGUCGGAGAAUUAUUUCCGUCGAGUGGAGCCCCGACUGUUGGGGAACUUGCCGAACCUGCGGCGCCUCGAUUUGAGCGGCAACGGGAUCGGGAGCAUCGAGGUCGAGUCGUUCGUGAGGUCCCCGGCGCUGGAGCACGUAAACGUCUCGAGAAACGCCUUGUCGACGAUCCACCCGAUGACCUUCCGCCAUCUGAGCUCGCUCUACGAGCUCGACCUCGGCUGGAACCGGCUCCUCGAGAUCGUGCCCGGACUGCCGAGGAACAUCGAGCACCUGCACUUGCCGAUGAACCGGAUCGUCGCCCUGCCGAGCCCCGGGACGCGCGACCUCGCCCUCCCGAGCCUGAGGUCCCUCGACCUCAGCGCCAAUGGGAUCGAGCGAAUCCUCCCCGGGACUCUUGCCCAUUUGACCAACUUGAAGAGACUCGACCUCGGGUACAACUCCCUCGCGGUCGUCGACGACCGCACCUUCGACGGGCUCGCCAGACUCGAAUUCCUCGACCUCCGGUUCAACAGAAUCGUCUCCCUCCACGGGAGGAGCCUCGAGCCGCUGACGAACCUCGCCGAGCUCAACCUCCGGGGCAAUCGCCUCGAAAUCAUCAGACCCGAUCUCUUCCAGGACAAUUCUCGCCUCGAGAAACUCGACUUUAGUCGCAAUCGGUUGGCCCAAAUACCGCACGCUACUUUCUCUACUACGAGGGAGCUGAGGGAGCUGUUCGCGUCCCACAACAGCUUGACCGAACUUCCGGUCUCGCUGCACGGCCUCAAGGCGCUCCAGGUCCUCGAUCUCAGCUUCAACAAGCUCAAUAUUCUCUCGCCGGAUACGUUGAGCAGUUUGACGUCUCUGCUGGAGCUGAGGCUGGUGCGGAACCGGAUAAAAGAGCUCCGGGAAGGCGCCUUCGAGAGACUGCCCCGCCUCACGUUCAUCGACCUGGAGAACAACGAUCUACGAUUCAUCGAGAAAAACGCGAUCAGGUCGCUCCCGGAGCUGCAGUCGUUGAGGCUCGGGAAGAACCGAUUGACGAAUAUCCCGGCAGGAGCUUUCACCGAGUUGCCACUGCUCCAGAGCGCGGAGCUGCAGGAAAACCGAAUCCACGAGAUAGCAGCAAACGCUUUCAUAAACGUUCCUCAUUUGCUCUUUCUCAACCUGAGCCACAACGAGCUCCCGGGAAUCGGUUACGUCGGUCUCGAGAGUCUGACGUCCCUCGAAGUUCUCGAUCUCAGUAACAAUCGCAUUUCGAGAAUCUCGACCGAGAGCCUCGCCUCCAUGGAAUGGCUCGUUGAGCUGAAGAUGGACAACAAUAAAAUCUGCAGUAUCGAGGGUUCGCCGUUCGACGACAUGCCGAGACUGCGAGUCCUCAGUCUGCGAGGUAAUCGGCUGAGCUCCGUGGCCGAGAAGGCGUUCAAGAGGCUCCGCUCGAACAUCGCGGUCCUGGACAUCGACGGAAAUCCGUUGUCGUGUUCGUGCAGCAUGCUGUGGCUCAGAGGAUGGCUGCAGCAAGGCUCGAGCGACGGGCCCCGGUGCGCGGACGGUUCCUUGUUCAAAGAGAUUCGAUUGUCGAGGCAGGAUUGCCAGCGGUCUCGAGAAACGGAGCCGAUCCAUCCGGGCUGCGAGGCUGAAACGAUGGCUCCGUCGCCGUCGAAACGUGAGUCGAUAAUUCGAGUUUACGAGGCCGGGAUAAGCGGGGACUCGUCGGCGAGCUGGAUGAACUUCCGGGACCCCCCCGAGGAUCACGCGUCACCGGAGAGUCUCGAUUACCUGAUUUACAACGAUUUCAAUGAGGAUCAGAGGCCCGUGAACGGGAGCGAGGCGGCAGGGUCGAGUCACCAGGAGCCGGCGACGGCCUCGGCGCCCUUGGCAACGAACCACGUGACUCCCCCGCCCCAGAGUCCAGCGGAGUCGGUUUCCCCGCCGAUCCGAGUUGCAGCGAGCACCGGCGCCGGGCAAAAGUCGCAGCCGUCCCGGAACAAGAACUCGUCGGUGCUGCCCUCGCCGAGCAGCUCCGGAUUCACCUUCUUCGGGGUCCCCUUGCCCAGCAUCAACUUCAAUUUGUGGGGCAAUUCGGGCUCGAGGAAAGCCCACAGGAAGGAGGACUCGAGCCACGAGCAGCGACCGGGUCGCGAGCGCUACCGAGUUUACCCGCCAACGGAGCCGGAAAUCCAUCGAGGAGGCUUCUUCCCACUGCCCCAGAGCCAGGGCGGGUUCGUCCCGAUACCGGAUCCGAGACUGACGCACGACCUCGGACCUCCGCCGAGAGCGAACGGCACGCGAGUCUUUCCGGGGCUGGGCAACCGGACCGCGGCGGCAGCGACGGCAGCAGCGACGGUCACGAGAGUUUAUCAAGUUCCUGGAGGAGCGCGGAAGAACCAGAAAGUUCCGGGGAACCCGGACUUGCGGGAGUCCCGAUUACCGACCCUCGGUAAAACGCAGCACGGGAAGGAACGCGAAGAACUGACGACUCCGCGGAGCCCAACCGGGCUCGAUAGGCAGCGGGGAGUGCGACCGAACUCGACGAAGAAUCGUGAAAGCACCGGAUACCGGGUGACCGAGGAUCUUCAGAAUCCUGAAGAAAAAACGACUCUGCCGAUAAGAGUCGAUAAAAGUUCUACGGCAACGAGCGUAGUGACGAGUUCCCCGCAGCCUACGGCGACGUCAGCGCCGCCUCGAACCUUCUUACCAACGGUCACCUCCUCCGAAGUCUCUUCCUUGCCGACCUCGACGUCGAGUCAGUUGUACGAGCGGGAGAUUCAACUCGUCGCAUCGGACGACGAUCGCUCUUCUGCCGAACAAACGGUUCGGACGAGUUCCAACUCUUCGGAAAUGCCUGGGCAAGUUCCACCGAAGAAAAUCACGAAAAUCGGCGUCUGGGACGUCGAGUCUCGCCUGCCCCCGGGGAAACACAUCUCCGCGGAGGAAUCGGACGAUUCGUCCGAUCCUGCGGACGGUCGUUCGACAACGCUCAGAGAGUUCAACGUGAACAAAUCCACGCUGGCAACCACCUCGGAGAACGGAGGCAGCGAAAUAUUGGAAGCUUCGGCUCUUUCCGCUCUCCUCGUUCCCGGAGGCCAAAUCUCGACCUCGAUUUCCUCGAAACCACCCUCCGGACGCUCCACGAUCAUCAAAGUCGCUUCUCCUCAUUUGAAACUCACCGCCGAACGGGACUUGGCUGGCAACGGAAUUCCCACGAAUUCCACUCCCGCUAAUCCGACCCAUCAAAGUAACGCUGUCGAGAAUCCUGCUCCGAAGUUCGAGGGGAACAGCGUCACUGUCGUUGAAGAAAAUCCCUUCAAUUGGUACUUUCAGAAUUAUAAUGAGAGCAACAUCGAACCUUACGUCGCUGUCGUUUACAGCGGUGAGAACAACGUCCUAGUUUCGACCUUCCUCAUCACAGUUUUUCCAUUAUUCCUAGUUUCCCGAAUUAUUCAAGAAUAA